CAGGAAGAAGCCGGGCCAUGGGACACGCCUCUAAGAAGCUACCUGAGCUGCACAUGUAGUCAAACCUCUCUCUCUCUGUUUGUGUGUCUGUGCGCCUGUGCGUGUGUGUGUGUGUGUCCGCCAUGUCCGCAGUUAGAACGUGUUUGCGGCUGCUCGUGCUCGCCGCAGUCUCCGUCCUGGUCGUUCUGCUGCUGCGACACUGGAUCGCCACCAAACAACACGUGUUCGACAGAGACGAAGUCGCCAAAUUAGCCAAACAAUACUCAGGACAGGACCAUGAGCAGGCCUUCUCCAAAGUGGUGGUGGAGCUCAGGAAGAGGUAUCCUGGCCACAUCCUGCCAGACGAGGACCUGCAGUGGGUGUUCGUGAACGCUGGAGGUUGGAUGGGCUCCAUGUGUCUGCUCCACGCUUCACUUACAGAGUACUUGCUGCUGUUUGGUACCGCAGUCGACACAGGAGGACACUCGGGUCGUUACUGGGCAGAGAUUUCUGACACUAUCAUCUCCGGCACCUUCAGACAAUGGAAGGAGGGGACAACCAAGAGCGAAGUGUUCUACCCUGGUGACACCAUCUUACACGGUGUAGGCGAGGCCACGUCAGUCCAGUGGAGUGCCGGGACGUGGAUGGUGGAAUACGGCAGAGGUUUCAUCCCGUCCACGCUGGGAUUCGCUCUGGCUGACACGCUGUUCAGCACCCAGGACUUCCUCACAAUGUUCUACACUGUACGUGUCUACGUGAAGGGUAUGCUGCUGGAGGCCGGUACGCUACUUACAGAAGCCGGAGUUUUCUGAGGCGCGGUCGAGGCUCGGAGGAACUGCACACUGACAGUAAACUCAAAAAGAU